CACAUUUUGAUCUAAUGCUUAUUCUCUCUUCCACCUAAUUUCACUUAUUAUUUUCUUUAUUUCCUUGUCAUGUAGAAUAUCUAAUCUUUAGUCGUUUACUCCGUUCUUGUUGGUCAAGAGAUGAAGUUCUUUCCACAAUCAAGAGUCAAGUAGAGAAUUAAAAACAAUAGGAUUGGAAUUGGAUUGAACAAUGAAGGAAGGUUUUUGGCACUUGCUUCGCUCUUUACACCACGUGCUUCUUUUCUAAUUAUUGUAGUAUUUAUUUUUAGCCAUCAAAGGAAAGGGGAAUUUUAAAAAGGGAAGACCAAGAGUCUCAAAUCUUUCUUCUCAGCCCGCCCUGAAUCCUGAUGGAUGAUGCAACUUUAACAAGGGAAUCCACUUCAUCCAGGGAGCGGCAUUGUAGGGGUUGAGUUGUGAUCGCACGCAAGGUCAAAGCAACUAGGUUCUUAAUUAGGAGUAGAUUGAUUUGAUUAUCAGCACUGCAGUGGGGUGCCUAAUAUACAUACUUAACCAUCUUAUUAAAUCAUAAUUAAUUGGAGGGCUUCGACUUGGGAAAACUAAAAAGAAAUUAAAGGGGUUGCCUCAGACGUUUCAGACAGGCUAAGAAGACAGACCUUUCUGCACAUUGCCCAUCAUAACAAACCUAUAUUUUGAUGGCCGCAGAUGAAUAGCCAGCGCCCUUGGCCGUAACCCAUUGACACCAGUAAGAAAAAGGAUCCAGAUUAAGAUAAAGCCCCUGUUUUAAAGGCUCAAAAUUGCCCUCAAACCAUGAUUUAAAAUCCCAAAAAGAAAAAAAAACUUUUGAAAAGAGGGUGAGCACUGAACAGUGACAUUGUUAGCUGCAUUCUCAAAUCUAAAAAAUAUAGAGAAAAUAAGGCAAUCUUUAUUCUUUAGUUGUAAAGGACUUACUCGUAGUAAUUGCCAAUUAGUUGGUGUUAGCAAUUAAUGGCAACUUAUAAGGAGAAAAAAUCUUCCAACUUUGAGAAGCGAGAAUUAACGUAACGUAGCAUAACAUAACAUGUUUGACAUGUGGGCCAGAAGGUAAGUGGAUCCCAUUCUAAUUCUAUUAUAAGCCGCCAUCUAUGUGCAUGGAUAUUCAUUCUGCUUUCUCUUCUGGUUUGCUGUUUAUCUCAGAGGUUAGCCAGUGCUCAGUUUAGUGGAUUCAAAAAAUCCUGGCAAAUCACAGGCACGUAUCUUUAUCACCUAUGGAAAAAUAAUGACGCUACGUUAGGGUAUAUUUUCACUCAUGUGGGCAUAUCUUUUUUUCUGCUUCCAAGCCUGCCGCCAGCAGUGCAUCCUAAUUUUAACCUUCUAUUCAUUGUCUCUUUCCAGAUGUUGAAACAUCAUCUCUCUCAUUUCACAAUCCUCAGUCCUCCAUGACAGCAACUUAAUUCAAAUUCUUCAUAAUAAGGCUAUAUGAGAAAAGGAAGUAGGUACCCAGCAAAACUUCCUGUAAGUCACUCAUCCCCCGAAGGCCAAAACCAAAACCCUCCGAAAAAGAGAGAUAGGCCCCAUCUCUGAUCUCUUCCCAACUAAAAACUCCAAAAAUCCUUUUUGUUUUUUCCUCUCCACCUUGCCCUUUUCCUUGUACUUAUAUCCCACAGCCAGCCAAUUGCUUCCCAUCUCAAAACCACCCCUUUUGAGCUUUUCCUUUUGCUUUAUUCCCUCUCUCUCUCUCUCCGCCCUCACUAAGUUUUCCAGUUUCAAUCGUCUCCAACUCUCCACUCAAAAAUUCUUCAACCCAUCAGUUUUAGUCUAUAAAUUAAGCAAACACCCUUUUGUUUUCUCUUCAAAACAGCGCCAUCCUAUUGCUCAAGAUUUUCUCUUUUAACAUUGAUUCACUCCCCUAUUUCUCCCCAGAAAAACACGCAAAACUCAGCCGUCCAAAAACAAAAAUAAUGAAAGAGUAUUGGACUUCUUUUGCUUCAUUACUAGGGGUUUUGGCCUUUUGCCAAAGCCUCCUCCAAGUCAUUUUCCCACCAGAACUCCGCUUUGCCUGUCUAAAAUUCUUCAACCGGGUCUUCCAUUUGUUCUCUUCCUACUGCUACUUUGACAUCACAGAAAUCGACGGCGUUAACACCAACGAACUCUACAACGCAGUCCAACUCUAUCUAAGUUCCUCUGUUUCCAUCAAUGGUAGUCGCUUAAGCCUGACUCGUGCUCUCAAUUCAAGCGCCAUUACAUUCGGUCUUUCAAACAACGACUGCAUCGUCGAUACAUUCAAUGGCGUCACUGUGCUUUGGGAACACGUUGUGACUCAAAGGCAAGCCCAAACCUUUUCUUGGCGACCAUUGCCUGAAGAGAAGAGAGGGUUCACUCUCCGAAUCAAGAAGAGAGACAAGUCCUUGAUUCUUGAUGCCUAUCUGGAUUACGUAAUGGAAAAGGCUAACGAAAUCCGAAGGAAGAAUCAAGAGAGGUUUUUAUACACGAAUUCUCGUGGUGGAUCUUUGGAUUCCAGGGGACAUCCUUGGGAGUCGGUUCCAUUUAAGCAUCCAAGUACUUUUGACACAUUGGCUAUGGAUCCUGUCAAGAAGGAAGAGAUCAUGGAUGAUCUUAAGGAUUUCGCCAACGGUCAAUCCUUUUAUCAGAAGACUGGCAGAGCCUGGAAAAGAGGUUACUUGCUGUACGGUCCACCAGGGACAGGGAAAUCCAGCAUGAUUGCAGCCAUGGCAAAUUACUUAAGUUAUGAUAUCUAUGACCUUGAAUUGACUGAGGUCCAUAAUAAUUCUGAGCUCAGGAAGCUGUUGAUGAAAACAAGUUCCAAGUCGAUUAUUGUGAUUGAAGAUAUUGAUUGUUCGAUUAAUUUGACUAACAGGAAGAAGAAUAACAACAAUCCAGGCGCAAGGAACUACUAUGACUCUGAAAUGAGAUCUGGAUCAGGUUCUGGUUCUGGUUGUGGUGAAGACGGCGGAAAUUCCAUCACUCUUUCAGGGCUGUUGAAUUUCACCGAUGGGUUGUGGUCUUGUUGUGGGAGUGAAAGGAUUUUUGUGUUCACAACAAACCAUAUUGAGAAGCUUGACCCUGCAUUGCUCAGAAGUGGGAGGAUGGAUAUGCAUAUUUACAUGAGCUAUUGUUCAUAUCCUGCAUUGAAGAUAUUGUUGAAGAAUUAUUUGGGGUACGAGGAAGGUGAUUUGGAUGAUGACGUUUUGAAGGAACUAGCGGAAGUAGUUGACAAGGCAGAGAUGACUCCAGCUGAUAUUAGUGAAGUCUUAAUCAAGAACCGAAGGUACAAGCAAAAGGCUGUCAGUGAGUUGUUGGAGUUAUUGAAGACGAGGGCAGAGAGGAAUUUGAAAAGUGGGAGUUUGAGGGAGAAAAAUUCAGUUGAUAUUGACGAUGAAGAGCAGGAGAAAAGGGCUUUGGAGAGCCCUAAAGAAGGGUCUGAAUUUGAAGAGCAUUGCAAGAAAGAAGAGGAGGAUGAAGAGAAGAUGAAAUGAUAUUACAAACAAAACAAAACAAAAUUGAAGGCUACCUUGGUUCUUUUUAUUUUUCUUCCUCUUUUCUUCAGAAUAUUAAAGGUGUAAAAAGCAAAUUGCUCUUUGGAGUUUGUACUAACCAAAUAUCUUAAAAAAUUUGUUGGUGGGAUGUGAGGGAUGGCAAACUAGAGAGGAUUGAGAGGAGAAAAAAAAAUGAUUGGGAAAAGGGUUGGUCUCCAUAUUAUUCAUGUUUGGUAUUAUCUAUCUUAUAAGUUGUUAAUAACGAAAUUACUAUCAUAUAUGGAGCCAAGAUUAGAUUAUUGGCAUGGGUGUCGUUGGCCAUGUGGGAUUUUCUUUUUGUGCUACUUCAUGUUCUUCUGCACAUCCUUAGCACAUGCUUCCAUUUGCAAAAUCUUCCUGGGGAAUGGCAAAGAAAUAACUCUUUCAGGCUUCAA